AUGUCCCACUCCGAUUCUUUCCUCUCGGCUGAUGAUUUUGGUGAAUCAUCAUCGACCGCAGCGAAUAUUGCUUCAUCAUCGGAUGGGGCUUCCAAUACUGCAUCAUCAUCAAACGCUUUAAAGAGAGGGUUAGGAGAGGCUGGAAUUGAAGAGGACUCUACUAAUCAAUCUACCAAGAAAACGAAACACACCAUAUCCAUCCCGGUACACAGCUCGUGGUUUAAUACCGACGAUAUACACGACAUUGAGAAAAAGUCUCUUCCAGAGUUCUUUGGAGAGGGUAAAGAUCCAAACCACUAUAAAACAUUAAGAAAUACUUUGGUUUCGCAUUUCAGAAAAAACCCGGAUGUAUAUUUGUCAAUGGCCGAUUGUAAAAGAAUUACCAAUGCUGACACAUCAACUCUUAUUAGGCUUUAUUCAUUCCUUGAGCAUUGGGGAUUAAUCAAUUAUGCUGUUGAUCCAAGAAAUAAGCCAGUUAAAAUCAAUCAACCACUGAGUAAUUCCGAUUCUGACACUCAAGUACAUAACUAUACUUCUGACGGACAAACCUUGACUGAAAAAUUCUACACCUUCCAGAAUUUGAAAGAGCAAAAGAAGAAGGAACCUAAGGUAACACCUCCAGUCUCUAACUGGACUGAUCAUGAAAUCCUAAGACUUUUAGAGGGAAUUGAAAAAUUUAAAGAUGAUUGGGACAGUAUUGCAAAACAUGUUCAAACUAGAACAAAAGAAGAAUGUGUUUUACAAUUUUUACAAUUACCAAUAGAAGAUGAAUUUUUGUUAGAACAAGAGGGCCUCGACAAUUCAAUGUAUCAAGAUUUACCACUUCCAUUUGCAGAUGCUAGCAAUCCAAUUAUGCAUACAGUGGCUUUCCUUUCUUCAACAGUAAGCCCUUCAGUUGCAGCCGCUGCCGCUGAAGCAGCAAUGCAAAAAAUUAAGGAGCAAGCAAGCAGCUCUGAACCUGAGAAACCAGCGACAUUUGACGUGACAAAACUAGAUGUUCAAUCUGCUUCAAGUGUUGCUCUUGGUGCCGCCGCAGCACGAGCUAAGGAGAUUGCAACUAGAGAAGAAAGAGAACUCCAAAGACUAGUGGCAUUUGUGAUUGAACAACAAUUGAAAAAGCUAGAAAAGAAAAUCAAGUACUUUGAAAAGUUAGAAAAAGCAAUGCAAAUCGAGAGAGAAGAAUUGGAAAAAGCAAGAAAAGAAUUGCACCAACAAAAGAUGGAAUUUAAGUCAAGCUCAUCAAAUCAAGAAUAA